CUCUCUCUCUCUCUUUAGGGCUUCUGCCCGCCGCUCUCUCGAUCCAUUCCUGACCCGACCCGGCCCUGCCCGACCCGACUCCCCUCUCCAUGGACGUGCUGGGCCACAUGGAGAUCCCCGACGGCUCGCUCUGCUCCUUCUCGGCGGCCGCCGACGACUUCUACGACGACCCGUGCUUCAACACGUCGGACAUGCACUUCUUCGAGGACCUCGACCCGCGCCUGGUGCACGUGGGGGGCCUGCUCAAGGCCGACGAGCACGGCGGCGGCGGCCACGGCCACGGCCACGAGGACGAGCACAUCCGGGCGCCGAGCGGGCACCACCAGGCCGGGCGCUGCCUCCUCUGGGCCUGCAAGGCCUGCAAGCGGAAGACCACCAACGCCGACCGCCGCAAGGCCGCCACCAUGCGCGAGCGGCGGCGCCUCAGCAAGGUCAACGAGGCCUUCGAGACGCUCAAGCGCUGCACCUCCACCAACCCCAACCAGCGCCUGCCCAAGGUGGAGAUCCUGCGCAACGCCAUCCGGUACAUCGAGAGCCUCCAGGCCCUGCUGAGGGAGCAAGAGGACGCCUACUACCCGGUCCUCGAGCACUACAGCGGCGAGUCCGACGCCUCCAGCCCCCGCUCCAACUGCUCCGACGGCAUGUUGGAUUACAGUGGACCCCCUUGCAGUUCCCGCAGAAGGAGCAGCUAUGACAGCAGCUACUAUACAGAAACUCUAAGUGAUUCAAAGCAAGGGAAGAGUUCCGUUGUUUCCAGCCUAGAUUGUUUGUCGAGCAUUGUGGAGAGGAUUUCAACUGACAGCACAGCCUGCCCUACCUUGCCUGCAGUUGAAAGUGGAACGGCGGGGAGCCCCUGUUCCCUCCAUGAUGGGGCCAGCCUGAACGACACUGCAGCACAAAUCUCCUCUCCAGCUAGCUGCACUCCACUCCCUCAGGACGCUACCAACAACAGCGCUAACAACCCUAUCUACCAAGUGCUAUAAACGCCCAGCAAACGCAAGCUGCAGCAUUGCGGAUGCUCCCCACUUUAGCCAUCAAGUAAUACUUAAAUCUGCUUUCCAAACACUGAAAGAGACAAUCCCUGUGAGUUUUUUUUUACGUUUUCAAAUGUAUCUAAUAAUUCCUUUCAAAUAUAUAUUGUCUUCCAAGCUUGUACUACAUCAAAAUACACUUAUUUAUUGGUUGUAAACAAAAGCUAUUUAAUUUGUAUAUAGAGGAGAUUUAGAAUUGUGUACCAUGAAAUGGCCAAUGAUUAAUCCUUGCUUUCAAAAGAGGAAACCUUUCUUGGGAGAGUCUUUGUAGAUCCUCUUCUGGCAAUCAUUCAUACAGACUGCUUACUCCCGUUUAAUUCUAGUGCAGUUUCAGCAGCCCAGUUGUUCAGGAUUGUAAACUUUCUUUGCAAUUCCCUUCAGAAAUAUAGCCAUCCACAUUUUUGCAGAAAAGGUUGUGGACCAUUUUUUAGAAAAAUACUUAUUUUGUAUACGUGUAAAUAAGAGUUGCUUUGCCAAAAAAAAAAAAAAAAAGGAAUUCCAUCAAAACAACAACAAAAAUGUAUGUAUUUAAUGUUGCUUGGUUUGUUGUGCCAAACUUUUAACUUUAUAUAUUUAUACAAUGUGGAUGCUGAGAAUGUUUUCAACAGUAUUCUAAAUAAAGAUCCUUAUUUAUAAAACUACUGGAUUGGCUUUUGGCUUCGAAUCUCAACGUCGCUUUCAAUAUCAUAUCAGAAAGGAUUUUGUACCAUGUCCCCAAAUUCCAUAUUGUCAUGCUCCCACAAUUUGCAUGACUGUAUUCCUACACAGCCAAAGCCUAGGCAGAAAGAGAAGCAGCUGUCCAAUUGUAGUGCCUGUUUUCAUGUCUCCUACUACAGACUAUCAUCUUGCAGAACAUGCAAGCUGUGAGUUUUAAUAAGAAAAGAGCUUUCCUAUUCUGCUGUGUGAUGGGCUGCAAAAACAUUUUAAAUUUACUGUUUCUCCACACCCAUGCUAUGCAUGACUAGCUCGCUCUCCACUUGAAUUUUGCAUUCCUCUUUAAUUUGUUUUUGUUUAUAGAAAGCACUGUUGGGCAUAUGGGGCCUAGCCCCAUUUUAAUUAAUGUACUCAUUUAAGUUAAUGGUAAUCUGAUAAUGGUAUGCAGUCAUAAAUAAUACUUUUAUUCUUUACAUUUGUAAAGAGAGAUGCUGUGCCUCAAAGAACUCAUGACAUAAGGCUGCAGCUGCACUAGAACAAAGCCUCCCAAAUCAUAUAGCUAACAAUCAUAUAAAGGCACACAAAUAAGCUAUAUUCCAGCAUCAGUGAAUCUAGGUUCAUCCGCAUGCUUAGAGGGGAGCACUUAAUCCUGUCUCCUCCCUUGACAUUUUUUCCGUUUGAGUAACCAUGGCUCUGAAGAGGAGAGGUUCCUGCUUUCAUGUACAGCCUACACACAAGCAGGAGUGUUGCAGAAUUGCAGUUCUGGCUUACAUGCAGACUUU